AUGGCUAAUUUUCUUGUUUUCACAUUCUACAUUGUUUUGGUUUUGAGCCUAGCAAAUGGUUAUAUCAAUGGCGUUGAUGCGGGUCGCCCUUUCUUCGUGUUUGGAGAUUCACUCGUCGAUAAUGGCAACAACAAUUUCUUGGCCACCUUGGCUCGAGCCGAUGCUCCGCCUUAUGGAAUUGAUUAUCCGACUGGCAGGCCCACCGGACGUUUUUCUAAUGGCUUAAACAUUCCUGAUUUAAUCAGUAAAGAACUUGGAUCAGAACCCACAUUGCCAUAUUUAAGUCCUAAACUCAGAGGGGAAAAAUUGCUUGUUGGUGCCAACUUUGCUUCUGCUGGUGUUGGAAUUCUCAAUGACACUGGAUUUCAAUUUAUAGAACUAAUCAGAAUGCACAAACAGUUAGAUCAUUUUGAAGAAUACCAGAAAAAGUUAAGUGUUAUAAUUGGAGAUGAAAAGGCUAUAAGAUUAGUAAAUGGAGCAUUAGUACUAAUCUCAUGUGGUGGUAAUGAUUUUGUCAAUAACUACUACUUGAUGUCUAACUCCCUAAGAUCCCGCCAGUAUGAUUUACCAAAGUUCGUCAACUAUCUGAUCACCGAGUAUAAGAAAAUUUUACUGAGACUAUAUGAUCUUGGAGCGCGUAGGGUGAUUGUAACAGGAACUGGCCCAAUGGGCUGUGUUCCAGCUGAACUAGCCCUUCGAGGAGGUCCGAAUGACGAAUGCUCAGCUGAGUUAGAGCGCGCUGCGUCCUUAUAUAAUUCGCAACUUUUUAAGAUGAUCGUGGAACUCAACCGAGAAAAAGGUUCUGAUGUCUUCUUCAUUGUUAGGAUGGAUGAGAAGGGCGAUUUUCAAACUGAAUUUGUUGAAACAAAAGAAGCAUGUUGUGGUCAAGGACCCUAUAAUGGAAUUGGAUUAUGCACAUUGGCAUCAAACAUAUGUCAAAACCGUGAAGACUAUUUGUUUUGGGAUUCAUUCCAUCCAUCAGAAAAAGCCAACAAGUUGAUUGUUGAGAAAAUUAUGACAGCUUCCACAGAAUUCAUAUAUCCUAUGAAUCUCAGUACCAUUUUGGCUUUGGAUUCCAAGAACAACAAUACUAUCUAG